CUCAGCACCACGUGAUACCCUGCCGUAUAUCAAUAUUUAAUAUAGGCAGAAUGUCGGAAGGUAUUCCGGCAGACGGAUUUCAGGGAAUCCAAAAAGCCGAAUUUAUUGAAAAUGUCGACGAAUACAUCAAAUCGCAAGAUGAAGCAUACGAGAUUAUUUUCAACAGGCUCCAUCAAAAAUUUACAUCCUACAAAUCGUUAGAAUUAAGAUACACCUCCCAGCACAACGCGCUUCAAGCAAAAAUUCCUGGCAUCGAAAAAGCACUCGAAGUUCUUUUAUAUAUGAAAUCAAAUCCUGCGAAAAAAGAUAUAGAAUGCGAUUUUGAGCUGAUCACUGGAACGUACACUACCGUGUCUUUGAACAAUACUGGAACCAUCUUCCUAUGGAUUGGUGCAAACCUGAUGGUCGAAUAUCCAAUUAACGAGGCGCUGGAAUUGCUGAACAGCAACAAAGACAACGCAGAAAAAGCAAUAAACUCUCUGAAGGCAGGACUGAAAUUUUUACAAGAACAGAUAGUAAUAGUUCAAGUGAGCCUUGCCAGAUUGCAUAACUGGGCAGUUGUGAACCGUCAAAAAUUAGUUGCUAAUGUAAAAUAAAAAUUGAUACCGUACCACGCGACCAAAAUUUAC